AACAGUUUGAUAGUUCAAGCGUGCGUGCUUUGUCUCUUCUGUAGAAUCAGACUUUUCGCGACCUGAUGGACUGUAACCCACCAGCCUCUUCUGUCCUUGGAAUUCUCCAGGCAAGAAUAGUGGAGUGGGAGAAUCUUCCCAAACCAGGGGUGGAACCCAUGUCUCCUGUGUCUUCUGCACUGAAGGCGGAUUCUUUAUCGCUGAACCACCAGGGAACCCCACCAUUCAAGAGUUUCAGAGAAAACCGACCUUAUAGCAAAGAAUCAAGUGUUGAGCGUGGAGCAUUAUUCCAAUGUUUCAGCGUCCUUUCCCCCUCCUCCUUAGGCUGAGCCCUGGGCUUGCCUUCUUCCAGAUUUCCUUUGUUGCAUUUAUAACUGCUACAGAGAUGCCACAGCUUCAUCGACAUGAAGAAGAGAAGUUCUUCUUAAAUGCCAGGGGCCAGAGGGAAGCCUUACCCAGCAUUCAGGACUCACCUACCAAACAGCUUUCUGUGGUCGUGCCUUCAUACAAUGAAGAAAAACGGUUGCCUGUAAUGAUGGAUGAAGCUCUGGGUUAUCUGGAAGACAGACAGAAACAAGAUCCCACCUUCACUUACGAGGUGAUAAUAGUUGACGAUGGCAGCAAAGACCAGACUUCAAAGGUAGCUUUUAAAUACUGCCAGAAAUACGGAAGUGACAAAGUGCGAGUGAUAACGCUGGUGAAGAACCGUGGAAAGGGCGGAGCGAUUAGGAUGGGUGUAUUCAGUUCUCGAGGUAAAAAGAUCCUUAUGGCAGAUGCUGAUGGAGCCACCAAGUUUCCAGAUAUUGAGAAAUUAGAAAAAGGACUGAAUGAUCUACAGCCUUGGCCAGAUCAAAUGGCUAUCGCUUGUGGAUCUCGAGCUCAUUUGGAAAAAGAAUCUAUUGCUCAGCGUUCUUACUUCCGUACUCUUCUCAUGUAUGGGUUCCACUUUCUGGUGUGGUUCCUUUGUGUCAAAGGAAUCAGGGACACACAGUGUGGGUUCAAAUUAUUAACUCGAGAAGCAGCGUCACGGACGUUUUCAUCUCUCCACAUUGAACGAUGGGCGUUUGAUGUAGAACUGCUUUACAUAGCACAGUUCUUUAAAAUCCCAAUAACAGAAAUUGCUGUCAACUGGACUGAAAUUGAAGGUUCUAAAUUAGUUCCCUUUUGGAGCUGGCUACAGAUGGGAAAGGAUCUACUUUUUAUACGACUUCGAUAUUUGACUGGUGCCUGGAGGCUUGAACAAACCAGGAAAGUGAAUUAGGUUAUCUGCUAUCUUUGAUUGUAUACUUAUGUAUCAGUGUCACAUUAUUUCAUUUAAAAUUAAAAUUUUAAAGCUGGAAUAAA